AUGGCAUACUCCCCGACUAGCCCCAUACGCGUUACUUCUGGUAAGCGAAAGGCUGACGAAAUCACUGGCUAUGAAUAUGAGGAAGGAGAGACAGUAAAUUUUCCAGAGGAGCCGGAACCCAAGAAGGCCAAGGUAGACCACACAAGUACUGCCAGUAGGCGUUGGGAUAUUGGUAUGGAAAUGCCACAGGGGAGACGACGGCCCCAUUUCAUCAGGAAUGACAGCAUAUCAGGACAUUGCACAUUAGACGAUCCCGAAAUUCUAUGGCUUGGGAAAGCACCACUUAAUGCCGAAACGAAAAAGGCAAACGAAGACAUCGCUCGGCGAGCUGCUUCCCGCCUUGGCACAGUUACUCAUGUUUACAUCAUCUGUGGAGCACAGUCCAGUAAGUUCGUCGACAGGGACGGGAAAAGAAUUCACUUAUGGCAUCCCGACAGCAUACGUUUCCAUCAUCAGAAGACGGCAGCAGAUCCCCAUAUGUUUCUAGCCUUUGGCACCAAGCCGGAUCAUAUAGUCCUGUACGGCUACGUCAAUGUCACAGUUGAUGAAGACGGUAAGCCAACGGACUUUGCAACAUCGCGGAAUUCGGAGUACAUUGUCGAUGGUGAUGAUAGGAUCUUUGAGCUUUUCUCAUAUGAAGAUGAAGAACAUGACUGCAGUUCCUACUGUCCCAGACACAAGAGUGGUGAAGAAUUUAUUCAUACUUGUGUAGAGGCAAGGCCUAGAGGCUGCCCUCUUCACAGUACGGAGAAUCUUCUCGAUCAUUUUUGUCAUGUAAUGACUCUGAAGACCGAAAUACUUGGAGACCAUUAUUGCCCGUGUUCUCACGACAAAGUUGGAUUACUUGAUCACUAUUGCCCUUGCUCGCAUAAAGGAAUACAGUUUCCAAGGAAGGUCAAGUUUACUCAUCAUACUCGACGUCCAUUCUGA